AUGUAUAAUCUCACUCGUGAACUGUGUAAAGAAUCAAAGCAUUGUUUGUCCCACUGCUGGGGUGCAUCAGUUGCGUAUCGAAGCGCAUGUGAAGCCAUCGGUACUCAAGAUUAUUCGAUUGAAUCUGAUAUUGCCUGUGGACUUCUAAAAGCAAAAUCACCAUAUUGUCCCAAUCUCGACUUCUUCACGAUUGAUUCAUCAUUAAAAAAACAGACUUUCAUUGAUGGUAAAAGCUGUUUUCUUCAAUCAGGAUGUUUUCGUGAUUUGGACAAUUACUACGACAGCCUGAUGGAUCUGUAUACAACUCCACCAAAGGGAAUCGACGGAAAAUGCAAUACGUUUUACGACAAAUUUCAGAAAAUACAAUGUGAAAGUCUUAAGACUAUGUUAAGAAAUGAAAUUAGGGACACGAAUGGAGACAAAAAGUUCAAUGCGACCAGAAUUGCCGAGCUGUCGGAACGGGCUCAGAAAUGUGCUUCGAAAUUAAACUGUUCCCAAGAGCACUCCCAAAAAGAAAUCACUGGAGCAACCUGUGAAAAUGUUGGUGUAGAAUACUAUUUCUUUGAACAUCAAUGUAUGAUUCCUUUCACCAGAGAAGUUUAUAAAAAGGAACAUAACUGUGCUGAAGAUUUCGAGGCCGUUUUAAGGUGCCAAAAGGACGCGUGCCUCACCAGUAGAGUACUGAAAAAAGCUAUCAAACAAAACUGUGAUUAUGCCAAAAUGAUAUCUGCAGAGUUGAAAAACAUUUUCGAGCUUCAUCCAGAGUACUCAAGAUGCGAAUGCCUGAAGAGGAUGAGCUAUCUUGACGUGUUCAACGCCUAUAAACGUUGUACAUGGAUGGAUCAAAAGAUGAAUUGCUGGUUGUAUGCUAUAAUGGAUUCGUGUAAGAGACCAGAGAAGUUUGCUUUGGGACAGUGUCCCCACGAAAGACCUUCUUAUGGAUUUCCUCCAGUUUUGUUCUCUGACCCACCACCACGUGUUUUCCUGUAUAUGAGCGAUGACAAAUGA